GGAGAGUCACCUGAUCGGGCCGAGGGAGCCUCCCUCACCUCGGAGGCGGCGGGCAGGAAGCUGGCAGAUGCAAGGGACGCGGGCACGGGAGGGCGCAGCCGGCCGGGGGCUGCCUUAGUCUGGAGCUGCUGCGGGCGGGCCAGCCCUCCCCCCUUUGCUAGCGGCCGGGGCUGCCGGCAGCCUCCGCUAUGUCCCAGCCCGUAGCCGCCGCGGACAGGAUGCACUCCAAAAAGGCGGGGAUCCGAGCCGCCGUGGUGCUCAUCGGACUGCUGCACAAGUCCCGAAAGCAAAAUAAAGCGAAAAGGAAACAGGAGCUUGCCAACAGCCCAGAUGUGACCAUCCCAGACCGGCCUCUGUCCCCUCCCCUCACAGCUCCCCCAACCAUGAAGUCUGCAGAAUUCUUCGAGAUGCUGGAGAAGAUGCAAGGCAUCAAGCUGGAGGAGCAGAAACCAGGACCCCAGAAAAACAAGGAUGACUACAUCCCAUAUCCCAGCAUUGAUGAGAUUGUGGAAAAAGGAGGCCCUUAUCCCCUGGUCAUCCUGCCCCAGUUCGGGGGCUACUGGAUCGAAGACCCAGAAAACAUCGGCACGCCAACAUCAUCUGACAGUAGCAUCUUUGAAGAGGAGGAGGAGAACCUCAGUCCUGGGAUGUUUGGCUACAGGCUGGAGUGCAAGGGAGAAGCUCGGGCAUACAGGAAGCACUUUUUGGGGAAGGAUCAUCUAAAUUUUUAUUGCACGGCCAGUAGUCUGGGAAACUUGAUUCUGUCCAUCAAGUGUGAAGAGGCUGAAGGCAUCGAAUACCUUCGGAUCAUCCUCAGGUCCAAAGUGAAAACAGUUCAUGAGCGGAUCCCCCUGGCAGGACUGAGCAAGCUACCCAGCAUCCCUCAAAUUGCAAAGGCUUUCUGUGAUGAUGCUGUAGGCUUGAAAUUCAAUCCUGUCCUGUACCCCAAGGCUGCGGAUGCCGCCGUGGCCUGUUCUCCUCACCACCCAGAAAACCUUCUCCUUGUCUCCUUCCCAUGGAAAUGAUGCUUUCCUUCCUUUCGUCUUUUUCAGACACUAGAGGAAGAGCUGUUUGGAAAUAAUGAAGAGAGCCCAGCCUUCAAGGAAUUCUUGAGUCUGCUGGGAGAUACCAUCACACUACAGGAUUUUAAAGGUUUCCGAGGUGGCCUGGAUGUGACCCAUGGCCAGACUGGGUUGGAAUCAGUAUACACUGUAUUCCGGGACAGGGAGAUCAUGUUUCAUGUCUCCACAAAGCUACCAUUUACGGAAGGCGACGCCCAACAGCUCCAGAGAAAGAGGCAUAUUGGGAAUGACAUCGUGGCCAUCAUCUUCCAAGAAGAAAACACUCCCUUUGUCCCCGACAUGAUCGCCUCCAACUUCUUGCAUGCCUACAUCGUUGUCCAAGCUGAAAACCCAGCAGGAGAGACUCCAUCCUACAAGGCUUCCCAGAUGAUUGUGUCUUACGAUGAGCACGAAGUCAACAACACAUUCAAGUUUGGAGUCAUUUAUCAAAAGGCCCGGCAGCCUCCAGUGGCAGCAGCAACAGCAAAGAACCAAUCGAGGAGUCCCAUCAAGCGGAGGUCAGGAUUAUUCCCCCGCCUGCAUACAGGCUCUGAAGGCCAGGCUGAUAGCCGGACCCGAUGUGACAGUGUGUCUAGCACUCCCAAGACUCCAGACGGUGGACAUUCCUCUCAGGAAGUGAAAUCAGAAACCUCGUCCAACCCCAGCUCUCCAGAAAUAUGCCCAAACAAAGAGAAGCCUUUCGUCAAGCUGAAGGAAAAUGGCCGAUCCAGCAUCUCCCGGUCCUCAUCUAGCACCAGCAGCUUCAGCAGCACCGCCGGGGAGAGCGAGGCCAUGGAGGAAUACGACAUUGGGAGCAGCCAGCCCUCCACAGCUUCACCCUUCAAGCAGGAAGUCUUUGUCUACAGCCCGUCCCUGAACAGCGAGAGCCCCAGCCUAGUAGCAGCAGCGACCCCAGUUAUCAUGAGCCGGAGUCCGACAGACUUGAAGAACAGGAACUCUCCGAGGUCCAACCUGAAGUUCCGCUUUGAUAAGCUCAGCCACGCCAGUUCCAGCUCGCGUCCCCAUGCCGACGACUUCAAGCGGAGGCCAGCCUUCCGCUCAGCACCCUCCAGCACCCUCCCCUUCCCCCAGUCCUUCCUGGCGGCGUGCCUGCAGGGCACACUUCCCGCCUUUCUGAGGGGGGGCUUCUUGUACCAUGUAGCAUACACUGGACAUGCUGCGGCCCAGCCCCCUGGGGCCCAUGCCCAUAGGUCUCUGUCGGUCUACCUUGUGAGCUGCCUGGCCGUACCGCAGCCAGACGCCGUGUGCGCAUCUGUGCGUGUCCUGCAGACAAAUCCCAGUGACAGGAAGGCCCAAGACUUCUGUGGGCAGGGCCCCGAGGCCACAGCUCUUUCAGGGAGCAGCCUCUGA